AUGGAUCAAGAGAAGUCCCCCCUAAGUUCUUUAACUCCUUCACAAAGGGCACAAUUAGUAGAUCAAAUGAAGGCAGAAGUAGCUAUUGCAAGCACUCGUGAGCUGAUGGAUCAACUAACUCAAAAGUGCUUUGAAAAGUGCGUAUCUAGACCGGGUACUUCUCUCGACAACUCUGAACAAAAGUGUCUGGGCAACUGCAUGGAUCGCUACAUGGACUCUGUAAAUUUAGUCUCCAAGGUGUUUGCCAAUCGUCUGCGGCAGGAGGCUAACAAAUUACAACAACUUUCUUAG